AUGGGCAGCAACCAAUCUCCAGGCCAUUCCCACUGCUGGCGCCCUCGUCUUCACCCCUUGCCGGCGAAAGGAUGGAUCAACGACCCCUGCGCGGUGGGGUACAAUCCAAUGACCAAGACUUACCACUUGGGCUUUCAGUGGAAUCCGGACGAUUGCCAGUGGGGGAGUAUCUGCUGGGGGUCCGCCUGCUCAACAGAUCUCCUGCACUGGAAGUUCAUGGCCCAGCCGACCCUCCGUCCCUGCGCGUCCGAUAGUCCGCAGGGUGUUUUUACCGGCUGUAUGGUGCCGUACGACCGUGAUGGAAAGCAGAAUGGUGUGAUUACGGCAUUCUAUACAGCCGUUUAUCAUUUACCAAUCCACUGGACGAGGCAGUAUGUGCGGGGGAGCGAGCGACUGCAUAUGGCUGUCUCACAGGACAGCGGUCAGAGUUGGAAAGCCCUAGAAAAAUCAAACCCUGUGCUGGAAGGUCCACCUGGCUCUCUCGAGGUUACAGGCUGGCGAGACCCGUUCGUUGCUCCGUGGCUUCAUGCGUCGCAGCGUAUUGACUGCUCUGACACUUGUCUCUGGGGCAUCGUUUCUGGCGGCAUCAGAAAUGUCACUCCAACGGUGUUUCUCUACCGCGUGAAUCUGCCACAUCUUCAUGAGUGGGAGUAUAUUGGGCCUUUAAUGGAGCUGGGAUUGAACUUUACCUCCUCCCGCUGGAGCCAUGAUUUCGGCACAAACUGGGAGGUGGUGAAUUUUAUUACUCUAUCGGAGGAAUCAGGAGCAAGCUCGUAUGACUUUCUAAUACUCAGUGCCGAGGGACGGAUACCACGACCUGGAAGUACUCGGUCACCCAGUCGAGACGAGAGAGCUCAGAUGUUUCUUUGCGGGGACCUGGACAAGACAGAGGAUGGUGCACUCCGUAUGAAAUUCAAGUAUGGGGGUGUGUUGGACUACGGCGCCUUCUACGCCGGCAAUUCCUUUUGGGAUCCCGUUACCAAUGCUCAUAUCCUCUGGGGCUGGGUGCAGGAGGACGAUCUUCCGCUGGAAAUACGCCGUUGUCAAGGCUGGGCCGGGGCUCUGUCUUUUCCGCGUGUGAUACGCCUAGUUACACUAGACAGCGUGGAGAGUGCUCUGGUUUCCUCUAUUCCGUCAAUUACAUCCAUUGGGCACAAAGCCGAUGAACGCGAUCCGACUCUGUAUACCAUCCAAUACCUGGCUGCGCUCCCGGACCCGCGGAUAGAGAGCCUUCGUCAGGACAAGGUCAAGUCGCCCCUUAACACUCGACUAGAGGAAGACAACACCCCCAUUCUGCUUCACUCUGGUACUGCAUGGAAUCUGGAAGCCUCCUUUGGCAUUGACCUAUCAGUUAAGAAUGUAGGGCUGCGAAUCGUCCAUCCCAAAGAACAAACCAAGGUUUAUUUCACCCCCAAGACUGAAACCCUUCACGUUGACCGGAGUCACUCUACGAGCAUACCUGGCCUCUGUCUCGCAAACGAAGCCGCCCCGCAUACACUCUUUCGCCGUCGAAGUAAAGAUGAUGAGAAUGACGUGUUUGAGUUAGAACCUCUGACCCUCUCAAUGUUUUUUGAUGGAAGUAUCCUUGAGAUAUUUGCCAAUGACCGAACGGCCAUCACGACCCGGGUAUAUCUUUCGGACAACUCGCUCAGCGAGAUCCAGCCGUGGAUUGAGUAUGAGCCGGGUAAAAAUGGAUCGGCUACCGAUUGCAAGCUUCUUUCAUUCCAACUCUGGAAGUUGGAUUCACGCAGUUGA